AAAGUUUGCUCCCCAAGCUACCAACUGACACAAAGAUCUCCUAUCCUGAACCCUUGCACGUCUGGCUGAGAGAAAAAUUGAAACAUGCGUGAGUGCAUUUCUAUCCAUGUGGGCCAAGCUGGAGCGCAGAUUGGCAAUGCAUGCUGGGAGUUGUAUUGCUUGGAGCAUGGCAUUCAGCCUGAUGGGCAGAUGCCCAGUGACAAGACCAUUGGUGGAGGAGACGACUCCUUUAACACCUUCUUCAGUGAGACGGGGGCUGGCAAGCAUGUCCCACGUGCCGUCUUUGUGGACCUGGAGCCAACUGUCAUAGAUGAGGUGCGCACAGGUACCUACCGCCAGCUGUUCCACCCAGAGCAGCUCAUCACAGGAAAAGAGGACGCUGCCAAUAACUACGCUCGUGGGCAUUACACCAUCGGCAAGGAAAUCAUCGACCUGGUUUUAGACAGAAUACGAAAACUGGCAGACCAGUGCACUGGGCUCCAGGGCUUCCUCAUCUUCCACAGUUUCGGUGGGGGCACUGGGUCAGGGUUCACCUCCCUGCUGAUGGAACGCCUCUCUGUCGACUAUGGCAAGAAAUCCAAGCUGGAGUUUGCGGUCUACCCAGCUCCGCAGGUGUCCACAGCUGUGGUAGAGCCCUACAACUCCAUCCUCACCACCCACACCACCUUGGAGCACUCCGACUGUGCUUUCAUGGUGGACAAUGAGGCCAUCUACGACAUCUGCCGCAGGAACCUGGACAUUGAGCGUCCCACCUACACCAACCUCAACAGGCUUAUCGGCCAGAUUGUGUCUUCCAUCACAGCUUCCCUGCGCUUUGAUGGGGCCCUCAAUGUGGAUCUGACCGAGUUCCAGACCAACUUGGUGCCCUAUCCCCGUAUCCACUUCCCCCUGGCUACCUACGCCCCGGUCAUCUCUGCAGAGAAGGCCUACCAUGAGCAGCUCUCUGUGUCUGAAAUCACCAAUGCCUGCUUUGAGCCAGCCAACCAGAUGGUGAAAUGCGACCCACGUCACGGCAAGUACAUGGCCUGCUGCCUGCUGUACCGUGGUGACGUGGUGCCAAAAGAUGUCAACUCAGCCAUCGCUACUAUCAAGACCAAGCGCACCAUUCAGUUUGUGGACUGGUGUCCCACUGGCUUCAAGGUGGGCAUCAACUACCAGCCCCCCACUGUGGUGCCUGGGGGAGACCUGGCCAAGGUGCAGAGGGCCGUGUGCAUGCUGAGCAACACCACUGCCAUCGCCGAGGCCUGGGCCCGUCUGGAUCACAAGUUUGACCUGAUGUACGCCAAGCGUGCCUUCGUCCACUGGUACGUGGGAGAGGGCAUGGAGGAGGGAGAGUUCUCUGAAGCCAGAGAAGACAUGGCGGCCCUGGAGAAGGACUAUGAAGAGGUGGGGACUGACAGCGUGGGAGAGGAAGGAGAAGAAGAAGGAGAGGAGUACUAGUGUGGAGCUGAAGCCUUCACGAUUCAUAGAAUUCGAUCACAGAAAUAUUUAGACAAGUACUCACAUUAAUUCAUAAGUCAUGUGAAAAAUGACACAACUCUGAAAACUAUAAUAAAUAUUGUCUUUACAAUACUUUGGAUGCUGUCAUUUGGAAUGUUUGUUUUUUAUUUCUAGCUCUCAUGCACUAUGGGUGAACAUGUUUUUUAAAUAAUAGAAUCGUAUGACAGUAAUGAAAGGCUGACUUGUAAAUUGUGUAUGGAAAGUGUGCAUUUACUAUCAUUAUUAUAAAAUAUUCUAUAAAGACAGCCAGGCAUUUGAGAUUAAUUUGAGAUUGAGAUCUGCAUUGUAGAAGGUGUGGGGGCUUAAUCAGAAGCUAUUCCAUAGGGAUGAGUGUAAUAUCAUAACUCAAUCCCCUGUACUCAAGGUUUAGCUAAGAGCUUGAGUUUAGGUUUCUUCCUCAUUUCUAUCUGUACCUGAAUCUGCAAUGAUUGGAGCCCCAUGGGGCCAGGGGUCAGUUCUGUCAGUAUGAACUCUGUUGAAACCAAAAGCCUAAUAACAACUCUGUUGGUCAGGUAACACACACCACCAUGCCAAACCCCAACAAAUACUUUCUUAAAAACUAUUUUCAUGAGAUCUAAGACACAUGCACCCCUUUCUCUCUCAUUCCAGCUAAAGACAGUUCGGAGGAACACACAUAAAUCAACCUGAGUGUGCUGAAAUGUGUCACACUAUGUAAACACAAGUGACUGGCCCAGUAUUUCAUUACUCCCAGUCCUAUAAAGUGCGUAUGUAAACUUUCAGUGUUCUGGAGAGUGAUCAACAAAGUCGCUAUGCUAUGCUAUGCAAAAGUGUGGAUGUCCAAUAAAGUUCGGAUCACCAAAAAA